UUAUUUUUCACAAUCGCCCCCCAAAACAGCACUUUCUCUUUCUAGAAUCUCUGUUUGUCGGUUUUCCCUCUCAUCUCUCGAUUUCUAGCCGAAUUCCUCUUCACUCUCCCAACCUCUCAAAAACCCUACUUCCCUUCCUCCUCUCCUCAUCAUGUGCCUCUGCUGAGUUAGAGAGAGAGACAGUGAUAGGUGAAGUUCUCUGUUUUGCUUAGUUAAGUUGAGAGAGAGUUCACUUCAGUGAAGAUCAAUUUUCCACUUCGAUCGCGGCGUGUGAUCGUGUUUUGAUCCGGUGAUUAAGCAGUUUCGAGCUCCAAUCGCUGCUUCUACUUCGUUUCCCUCUCCAAUUUUGCCGGAUCAUAGGUGCGAUCUCAGUUCGAUCACCUUGGUUUGAUCGAUUGAGUUCGUCUCAGAUCUCCAAUUACAGUACGAAUUAAUGAUGGAUCUGAGCGAUAAAGGAUCGGAGUGUGAAGAAAUGAGUAGCCAAACACCUACUCCAGAUAGGGUUUCAUCCGACGGCUCAAAUGUGAAGACAUGUGUAGACUGUGGUACCUCCAAAACCCCCCUAUGGCGCGGUGGUCCAGCUGGACCCAAGUCACUCUGCAACGCAUGUGGAAUUCGCAGCAGGAAAAAGAGGAGGGCAUUGAUGGGAGUGACAAAAGAGGAGAAGAAAACCAAGAAAUCCAGCAAGAGUUUGAUUAGCAACCAGAGCAACAGCAGCAACAACAGUUGUACCAGCAGCAGCGGCGAUAGUACCCCAGGGAAAAUUGGGGAUUCGUUCAAGAAGAAGCUGUGGGAGUUUGGGAGAGACGUGGCGUUGCAGAGACCGAGAUCGAACACGAAUAGGAGGAGGAAAAUGGGGGAGGAAGAGCAAGCUGCGUUUCUGUUGAUGGCGUUGUCGUGUGGAUCGGUUUAUGCUUAGGGGAGUUGUACAUAGUGGUGUAGUUGUUGUACAACUCUUCCUCUUUUUUUUGCCCUUGGGCUUUUGGUUUGAGCGAGUGAGAGAGAAGGCUCGAAUGGGCUUUUUCGGAAUGUAACCCCCCUUUUUAGAGCAUAAUGUCGAAAUUUGUUCUAAUUUAA